AAUGACAAUAUAUAACCAAUCUGGUGCUCUCUCUUCCAGGAUACCUGAAGUCACCUGAAGCUGCUGGCUCACACAGCACAUAUCUCACACCAGACCGAAACCACCGAAGAUCCAGGACCAACAACACCAAACCCAGAACCAUGACGACGUCUUUUGUCCUCUUCAUCCUCCUGCAUCUCUGCAGCGUACAGCUGACAGUGGUAGCCAUGCCGACAUGUCAAAUGCUAGGAAAAGUGGCUGAGAACGCCCUCCACUUGCUCAGAGACCUGGCGGGACCGUUUCCCAUCGAGUGUCUGCAAUACAACGCCAACAUCUCCUUCCCAGACACCGCCGUCCCUGAAUCCAGAUCCAGUGAUGAUCAAUGUCAUCAGGCGUUGUGGGCUUUGUUCGAGUCCCUGCGGGGUGCAGAGCUCAUUUUCCAGGAGUACGAUUUACCAGUUGGAACCACCUGGGAUAAAAAGAAACUUGACAAUUUCCUGAACCUGCAGAACCGCCUGGUCAAGGCUGGCAGCUGUUUAUCCAGCGUGAAUGACUCCAGUGCCAUCUCUUCGUACUUCACUAACGUGACAGCUGUUAUUGAAGAUCAGGACAGUGCCUCUUGUGGUUGGAUGGCCAUGAGGAGAGACCUGCUCCGGGUCAUGAAGUCCACCCUGCAGAGACACGAGACCUGCUUCAGCUGGAGACAAGUGCGACACCUGGGUUAACGCCUGAGGCCUUGCACGCUAAUUUGGUUGUCUACAGUAUUAUUUCAGUUUGUUUAUUUAUUAAUAAUUUAAUUUAUUUAUUAAGAUUUCUAAUUAUAUUUUUAUGUUCUAUUUUUUG